AUGCCAGGGAAGAGGCGAUGGAGUUGGCUUGUAAUUGCAGUCUUGGGCCUCGUUUUGCUUUCCAUGCUCGUUCCUCUUGCUUUUUUGCUUGGUCUCCAUGGCGGAUUUCACUCUGUUACUCACACAGGGUAUGCUACUGAGCAAAGGAGUUCUGCUUCAUCAAGAAAGGAUGCAGCUUUAGAUUCACCUUUAACAAAAGAAGGGCUAUCAACACGUGUAGAUGGGCUAUUGAAAAAUCUUGGACCAACUCUUCCAAAGGUAUUGUACAGUGUAGGGGUUUCAGCAUCCUUUGGCUUUAAUAUGGAUUUUAGAAGGAACUCUGUCAAGGAAGCAGAGAACAGAACCACUGGUUUUGCUGUGCCUACACAAGAAGUAAAGCCACCUCCAAAAAGACAUGAUGUUGGAGUCAGUUCAUCAGCUGAAGUUACCAAAACUAUUGAAAGCAUUGGUGAGGGUCAAAAAAUGUGUGAAUUAAAAUUUGGGAGCUAUUGCUUAUGGCGUCAAGAACAUAGGGAAAAAAUGAAAGAUUUUAUAGUUAAGAAAAUGAAGGACCAGCUAUAUGUAGCUCGAGCUUACUAUCCCAGUAUUGCAAAGCUUCCAGCCCUUGACCAAUUCUCACAUGAAAUGAAGCAAAAUAUUCAAGAGUUUGAGCGAAUCCUCAGUGAAAGUUCCUCUGAUACAGAUCUUCCACCCGAGGUUGAGAAGAAGCUGCAGAAGAUGGAAACUACAAUUACUAAAGCAAAGUCAGCUACUGUGGAUUGUAACAAUGUUGAUAAAAAAUUAAGACAACUAGUUGAUUUGACGGAAGAUGAAGCCAACUUUCAUAUGAGGCAGAGUGCUUUUCUUUACCAACUUGCAGUCCAAACAACACCAAAGAGUCUUCAUUGCCUUUCAAUGCGACUAACGGUGGAGUAUUUCAAAACCUCUCCCGUUGAUGCAGAUCAGUCAGAGAGUUUGUUGAACCCGGAGCUACUUCACUAUGUUAUAUUUUCCAAAAAUGUGCUUGCGUCAUCUGUAGUAAUUAAUUCGACUGUUAUGCAUGCAAGAGCCAGCAGGAAUCAGGUGUUUCAUGUGUUGACAGAUAAACAGAGUUUCUUUUCCAUGAAGAUGUGGUUCUUUACUAAUACUUACAAGGAUGCUACAGUUCAAGUGUUGAACAUCGAAGAUCUUGAUUUAGAAGGUCAUGAUAGAACUACGUUUUCUAGUUUGUCAGUGCCUCAAGAAUUACGUGUCUCUUUCCUUAAUGGUGAUAAAUUAUCCUCUACCGAAAGUAGAACAGAAUACAUCUCUGUGUUUUCUCAUUUGCACUAUGCCCUUCCAAAGAUAUUCUCAACUUUGAAGAAAAUUGUUGUUCUUGAUGAUGAUAUUGUUGUCCAGCGUGAUUUGUCUGACUUGUGGAGCCUUGACAUGGAUGGGAAAGUAAUUGGUGCAUUGCAGUUCUGCACGGUGAAAUUGGGUGCACUUAGAAGUUAUUUGGGGAAGGAAAAUUAUGAUGCUAACUCCUGUACAUGGAUGUCGGGGUUAACCAUAAUUGAUUUGGUUCGAUGGAAGGAACAAGAUGUCACCAGAACGUAUGAAAGUUUGGUGCUGCAGAGAUUGAGCAAGGAAGGGAAAGAGACCGAAGCAGCUAGACUACGAGCAACCUUGCUUACCUUUCAAGGACUACUCGUUGCUCUUGAUGAUGGCUGGGUGGUAUCUGGCCUUGGUCAUAACUACGGUAUUAGUAACGAAGUUAUUAAAAAAGCAGCCGUAUUACACUUCAAUGGCAACAUGAAACCUUGGCUCGAACUCGGCAUCCCAAGCUACAAAGCUCACUGGAGAAAAUUUCUGAACCGCGAACAUCGGUUCUUGAGUGAUUGCAACGUGAACCCAUAAUCAUGAUAUCAAAAUUCCCGUUCCUAAUUUAAUUCAAAGGGUUCUCAUUUAAAUGAUAGAAAAACGAAACCAUAUCUGGACCUGAUUUGCAGAGAAUGAAGAUCUCUGCAAACGGCAAGUGAUGAUCUCGGUAUAUUUCUAGUCAUUUGGUAGAUAAAGAAAGGGGGCUAGAAUUUGUCCAUGAUCAAAGAGAAGAUUACCAAUCUGGUGGGAUGCAGUUAGGAUUGAAAAGCUUUUCUGAUGGGAAUCUGAGGAACAGUUUUCUAGUUUUCGUUUGGUCGUAAAGCAGGUACGCAUACGGUUCCCUUUUUUCGUUAUGAUUGUUAUCAUAUAUUUAUUCGGGUAGAGUUACGGUUGGUGUGAAUUCAUGGAAUUAGGAGAUCGGAUAGAAGCGUGAAUAAUUCGACUACUUUAGAAGAGCAAUUUUAUUGUACCUUUUAGCUUCUGGCCUUAAAAAUGGCUUUUAGUUUUUUAGGUAUGUAUGAAGUUGUUUUGUUGUAAAACAUCAAGGGUUGGAAAUUGUAACUACCUGCCCUCCAUUGGGAUUGUUCCUGUCCGGUCCGGUCCUGUCUGGUUUUAAUGACUUUUUUAUCCUUGCUUAAGUGUUGUAUGUCUGUUAAGGCGAUGUUUUGGAUCAAUUUUGUAAUAUGCGGGUUAUUAAGUGACUGAAUGGUAAGCUCGGUUGAAUC